AUGGCAAAUCCCAGGUUACCGUUCUUGUAUCCGAAUCUGAUGCGGGCAGUACGAGCCUGCGAACCAAGAACAUACCAUUCGCUUCGCUUUACCUAUGCCAAUUCGACCAAUCGUCGCUUUCAUACAAGCCGGCGGCGGGAUCGCGAAGCCUACCAAAGGCGUUACGGCCCGGCAGUCGAACCGAGUGUCCCAUCGUCGCGGGACAGCAAGCAUACUCCGGAACAAGUACCUGACGAAAACCCAGCGGGGGAGGAUGCGCCAAGUGCCGCAAAGCAAGGGGAUGAUGCGCCGGAAGAGUCGCAUUCGGAUCAACUCCGGGAUACCGAUGAAGGAGCUGCGGAAACCACGAACCAUGAUUCUACCAGGUCCGAUCUAGAUGCCCAGGAGUCAUCGGAAAGUCAAAAAGAUGACCCUCCGACGGACCGCGAGGCGCUUGAAGAGUCCGAGAAGGAUAUAGAUAGCCCCGAGCAUGAGACUUCGGCAUCUUCGACAACUCCUUCCGAGGGCGCAGCCGAUGAAAAGCCCGGACAUUCUACGUCAUUCGGCAAUCAAACACCAUUUGAUGAUGUGCUUCAUAUGCCCUCCCCGUCCGUUUACCUCACUCCGUCCGGGGAAUCAUCUUCGUCCGAUGACCGUCCACAUCUGUCGCCUGCACCAUACGUUCACCACUUUGACACAUACUCGCUGGUCCAGGACCUCACGAAAGGGGGCUUCAGCAACCAACACUCUAUCACGAUCAUGAAGGCCGUAAGAGCUAUCUUACAAAAUAACCUCGAUCUCGCCAAAGAAAGUCUGACAUCAAAAUCGGACGUUGAGAAUGAAGAAUAUCUAUUCAAAGCAGCUUGCUCAGAGCUGCAGUCGUCACUUCAGACAGCUCGGAAUUCGGAAAUCCAGCUGCAGCGCUCCUCGCGCACUCAGUUGCAACACGAAACAGAUAUUAUUUCGCAGCGUGUCGGCCAGGAGAUCUCGGGUGUGAAAGAUGACAUCAAGGGCAUGUUCAACGACCACAAAAUGGUCACCCGGGAGCAGCAGCGCAGCAUCGAUACCUCGGUUCAGGAACUAAACUACAAGAUCACUGUGUCCCUGAACAGUGACGGAAAGAGCGAAAUUGAGAGUCUGAGAUGGAUUCUGACUAGACGAGCCGCGAUGACGAUUGCUAUCUGUGCUUUUAUGAUCAUUGUUUUCCUCAAAUAUGCAUCCACACGCAAGGUCACCGAACCCAAGAAAGCUAAAGAAGAGGAAAAGCCGAUCGUCAAAGAAAUCACGACCCAAACCCAAGUGGUCCAUGACGGUGGUCUGCAAACGAUAGAUCCCAGUGGCGGAGCGCACCUUGGUGAAUCUCUUGGUUAA